AUGCUAAUACUUCUUUGGCUCACUACGAGACAAAUAUUGGAUAGUCAUUUGACGGAUAAAAUUUGCCGAUUCAUCAAUACAAUUAGUCCUCCUCUUCGUGAUUUAGUGGGAACACAGUUUCCUGCUCUGUUCACGAUGAAAUUUCACGUCUUUAUCGAUCACAUGGCUCCAUCAAUAAGUUACCAUGGAAGUCCCUUGUUAUCCAGUGCAGCUCCGUUCGAGCGAUUGAACCAAACAAUGGGAAGAAGCUCAAACGCUUAUACCACCCGGACUCUACUUAACAUUUCCAAUAGAUUUUUAGCUAUGAGAAGAGCUGGCCAACACUGUAUAGAUGUUUCUGACUUGAAGAAUUUACAUCCGCCUGCGACAAUGAGUGCUCUUUGCAUUGAAUCAAGUUUGAAUCAUGUCGGUGGAAAGGAAGAAAAAGUACCGUUGAGUGAGAAAGAAAAGCUAUUCUUAAUACAAUUUCCUCCAGAUGAACUAGUGUUCAGCAUCGACAUCGAGCCGACUACCUCUGAAAAAAACCAAAAGCAACUCGGAAAUAAUAAGAAACAGUUCAUUUACAACAAUCCAGAAGCAGUUCAACAGAAGUAUCCAUACAUGAAACCCUAUCCCAAAACAGAGUUCCAUGAAUCAGAGGAUGAUGAAGAAUCCAGCGGCGAUGAAAACGAACUUAUGCAAUCCGGAGCUGAUACGCGAAAGAGAUAUGAUCAAGAAAGAUUUCAUGAGAGAGAAUCGAUGGAUAUGGACGAUUACAGCGACAGUGAUCCCACUCCAUCGAUUUACCGCCAGAAGACGAAACAAAGAAUUGAAACGAAUGAAAGUUUCAGUCUUCGAAAACAUUUGAAUGACAGUGAAAGACGAACGUCGUCAAUUGAUAUUCUCAAAGAAGCGAUCGAUUCGGGAAGUGUUUUGGAGAUCGGUACCACAAUUAGAGAAGGUUUUCGUAACAAUACUCUAUCGGAAAUUCAAAUUGAGGAAGUAUGUAAAUCUACUAGAAAGCCGAACAUUUCCCUUCUCCAGUUUCACAGAGAACUCGAAACUUGUGACGUCGACCAUCAUAAUUCAAUUAGUAUGGGUCAGAUGUUUUUGACAAAAUGGGCGAUGACGGAAAGCCACGAUAUCAACAAGCUAAAGGCAUCAGUAUCAUCUCUAGCCUCAUCGUUUUCCGAACAAACAAAACUAGGAACUUUAUCAAAAAGGACUCUCGAAACUGAACAUGUCAUUCCAUCCUCGGGAAAAUUCCCGCGAAUGGACUUGGUCAGUGUCUAUAAUAAGAGCAGUCUCGUUGGAGAUACCGCGUUCUCUCAGAUGACAUUCUUCUUGACACGUGUAUUCAAAUCGAUUCUCAAUCCAUCUUAUGAAAUUUGGUUCUACACGUAUAGACCAAAAUGCGUUCGUCCAGCAGACAAACAUUUCUCAAUGUUUCCAGAAUGCAUUGCCGACUCGCUCAUUGAUUUCGCCUAUGACGCGAUCGGCGUUCAUCUCCCCAACCAUCUUCUCCAUGGUGAAGUGGACGCAGAAGGCGAGUUCGUCAAAAAAAUGAAACUUACCGACAAACUGAGCGAAAUACAGAGAAGACGCAAAGAUCGAGAAAUGAUCUCGGAUACUAUGAAAUCAGCUAUUGGCCAAAUGUUAAACUACCUUCGAGACUACCAUUUUAAUAUCGAAACCGGAGACUUGGAUAACUGUAGACUAAGAAGCAUGUGUCGCACUCAUCUUACAUGGAAGGACUUGAAAGCUUUUCGAGACCAAGCCAGAGAAAACAGUAAUGAUCCGGAAUCUUUUAAUGUAGAAGACGUGGUUGGAUUUGCAUCGAAAAACAACAAGGCUUCCAAGAACACUUCGAAUGGACAUGAUCAAGGAUAA